CCAUCCACAAUCUCUCCCCCUCGCUGCCCACACCGGGCACCAAAGCCACCACCAUCCCGAAGCUCGGCUCUCCCUGCCCUACCUCGCCGGCGUCCUCCUCGCCGCCCUAAUGCUCCUCACGACGCGCCGCCUCCCGGCUACCCCUUCCCACCCAGCCGUCCAUCCACACAUCUCCCUCGCUCCGCCCUCCCUCCGUCUCCGGCGACAACAUGGUCGAGCGACUAUGGCGAGUGCAACGUCGACGACACCUCCCGUGCUUGGUGAGACGCUGCUGGGUUUGUACGAGAAAGAGAGGUUAGGCCUCUCACGAUAUGCCGAUGAGGAGUCCAACGAAGACAUGUUCUGGGAAACCUUGGAUGCUGAUUUGCAGUACUGGACCAGAGGCCUGCGUCCGGUGCAGUGGUAUCCUGGUCAUAUUGCGAAAACAGAGAAGGAACUUAAAGGACAGUUAAAGCUCAUGGACGUUGUCAUAGAGGUCCGGGAUGCUAGAAUCCCCUUGGCCACAACCCAUCCUAAGAUGGAUUUAUGGCUAGGCAACCGGAGAAGGAUCAUAGUGAUGAACCGGGAGGACAUGGUGUCAGCUGAAGACCGAAAUGCAUGGGCAACUUACUUCUCAAGUCAGGGUAUCAAGGUUGUUUACUCAAAUGGCCAGCUGGGCAUGGGUACAAUGAAAUUAGGUAGAAUGGCAAAAUCAGCUGCAUCAACUGUGAACACAAGAAGAAGAGAAAAGGGAUUGCUUCCUCGUCCGGUUCGAGCAGGAAUUGUUGGAUACCCAAAUGUUGGCAAAUCUUCCUUGGUUAAUCGCUUGCUAAAACGAAGAAUGUGUCCAGCAGCACCUAGACCAGGUGUCACCAGAGAGCUGAAGUGGGUUCGUUUUGGGAAGGAUCUAGAGCUGUUAGACUCACCUGGAAUUUUGCCAAUGAGAAUUAGCGAUCAGACAGCAGCACUAAAGCUUGCUAUCUGUGAUGAUAUUGGAGAAAGGUCAUAUGAUUUUGCUGAUGUGGCAGCGAUUCUUGUGCAGAUAUUGUUAAGACAUCCGGAUGUGGGCUCUGAAGCAUUUCGAAAACGAUACAAGAUCGAUGUAGACAGCGACUGCGGAAAAAUGUUUGUCACAAAGCUCUCAGUCCACUUGUUCAAUGGAGAUACCACCCAAGCAGCUUUUCGCAUCUUGUCUGACUUCCGGAAAGGCAGAUUUGGCUGGGUGGCCCUGGAGAGACCCCCAACAUGAACAAUGGAGACAACUCACUAUCAGAGCUUUAGACUCGCUGUGCGACACACUUCAGAAGUCCUCCGUAGCACCAUCAUAACCCCUAACCUGUGUGAGCAAUGAGGAGUCAGUUGGGGAUAGGGCGGCUAUAUAUACCAGAGGAAAAGUCGACAAAACAUCAGAAUUGCCCAUGUAGUUGCUUGGCUGUCUAGAGGCCUGAACUGGGCUGUGUAAGCGUGUGAGAGUUGGAUUAACUACGGAGUAUUAUCUUUGUAACAUUUUACAUAAUAAGCAUGGAAAAAAUGAAUAUUGGUUCCUAUUUUGCACAA